UUUUCACGGUAAUACAAAAUACAAAUUGAUUUCCCUUUGGCUCAUUUUUCAAGCCCGGCCUAGUAAAGUAAAGCACGCCCCUUCUCCCUUCUCAUCGAUUCUUCUCCGCUACUUGCUUUUCAUCGCUUCCCAAGAUGUCAGAAACACCCUUCUAUCCCCGGGAAAAGCUUGUUGAGAAGCAAAAGUAUUUCCAGAGUGUUCACAAGUAUACACACCUGAAAGGCCCUGUAGACAAGAUUACCUCAGUUGCCAUUCCACUUGCUUUGGCAGCCACAUUAACCUUCAUGAUCGGCAGGGGGAUCUACAAUAUGUCCCAUGGCAUUGGCAAGAAGGAAUAAUGGAAGCUCAAGCAUAAAAGAGAUUUUUUGGAACAUUAUUUGUGUUUUUUCACUUUGAAAUUUCUUGAUGUUCUGAAGCUAAUAAUUGGUUAGGUGCAGAAAACACAGCCUGCAGACAUAUGGCCUAUGCGGUCACUUGCUUAACACAUUGCUUUUCUGUUUGGGGGGUUUAAAUGCGUUUGAUGUUAAAAAUCAGUUCUUUUCCACCAAUUAACUGCCACCGUUUGAAACGUCGCACUUGUAUUUUUCCCUUGAGAGAACAGUCAAUGUGGGAAGUGCAAUUUUCAAAUCCUAAUAUAGGCUAGGCAUCUCAAAUAAUUGUAGGUCUAUGAUGUGUCAGAUCUUAGAUGUCAAUAAUUGAUGAAGAUAUUAGCAAUA